AUGGCGCUCUUUGCUUUCCAAGGUGCCAAUGUUCCGGCAGAGCUGGAGAUUUCCCUCGCGACUUCUUCACCUGUCGGCAAUGUCUACCAGAAGCAGUCCGCCAUUUCCGCGGGAUUCCACGACAAUGGAUGGGGAACAACUCCUCUUCCGGAAACCCUCUCAGGCUCGAUUCCGUUCUCCGCUCGGACUUGGACCAUGGGCGGAAGUCCGGCUAACGACAUCCUGCGACAUAGUCUGAGCAUCACAGAAUGGAGGCCCGUGACCGGCUCCUUACCCCCGAUGAAUGCCGACGACUGGGAGUCGGAAUUCGCAAAAUACCGCGCCUCUCCAGAAUAUAAGGUGCUAAACCCCAAUAUGACCCUUGACGAGUUCAAAAACAUCUACUAUAUGGAAUGGAUCCAUCGACUCUGGGGUAGAUUCGUUGGUUUGUCCUUUGUUCUACCAGCCAUCUAUCUUACCGCCGCAAAGAAAGUUUCGAAGCCAAUGGCGCUCCGGCUGACUGGGAUUGCCGGUUUAAUUGGAUUCCAGGGCUUUAUCGGAUGGUGGAUGGUCAAAUCCGGCUUGAAAGACGACCUGUUCGCUCCUGGAAGUCAUCCACGUGUAAGCCAGUAUAGAUUGACUGCUCACUUGGGCGCAGCGUUUGCUUGCUAUGUGGCAAUGCUCUGGAACGGAUUGGCAAUUCUUCGACAACAUCGUCUCAUGGCUGAUCCUCAAAAAGGUCUGAAUGUGCUCGAGGCAUUACGUGACCCAAAACUCAAUAUCUUCCGCCGGUCUGUGGCUGGCCUGGCACUUCUUGUUUUUGUUACCGCUAUGUCCGGCGGCCUUGUCGCAGGCCUGGAUGCAGGUCUCAUUUACAAUGAAUUCCCUAACAUGGGCCUCGGUCUCGCUCCACCAAAAUCUGAACUUUUUGACCCGCACUACUCUCGCAAACCUGAUAAUUCCGACCUUUGGUGGAGAAACAUGCUCGAGAAUCCUUCGUUGGUACAGCUCGAUCACCGUAUCCUCGCCAUGACGACCUUCUCCUCAGUGAUGGGUCUCUGGGCAUACUCCAAAUUCUCGCCGACUAUGAAACGAAUGCUCCCUCGUGUGGCCCAAAAGGGCGUUCAUGGGGUUGUUGCAUUUGCCAUGGUGCAAGUCGGCCUUGGAAUCAGCACCCUUCUUUACCUCGUACCUAUGCACCUUGCUUCGGCGCACCAGGCUGGCAGUCUUUUCUUGUUGACCUGGGUUCUAGUCCUCGGCAGUAGAGUCUGGCACCCUUCCAGAACAGCCCGUCUGCUUCAGAUGGUUGCGAAAUCUAGGGGUGCGAAUGCUCCCCGCGCCGCUUCUCCUCUUAUCAAGAACCUCUGA